CGGCUUUAAUAAAAUCAUCAUUCAAACAUUUUUCGUCAAAGUGAAAAGUUCGUCUUAAAAUACUAAAAUGAAAUCGUUCGUUGCAAUUAUUGUGACGUGUGCAUUUAUUGCGAUCGCGAGCUCUCGCCCACAUGGUCGUUUUUCCUUAUCGUCAUCAUCAUCGUCUUCAUCAUCGUCUUCAUCAUCCUCAUCAUCUACAAUAAACGGACAACCAGCAAACCCGGUAUACCCUCCAACUCCAGUACACUACCCUCCAUAUGUAGAUCAACAUCAACAUCAUGGUUAUUCAGGACAUGGCCAGCCUUCUGGAAAUAUAGGAAUUGGUUAUAACCCUGGACAUGGUUAUGAUCAGGGACAUGGUUAUCCUCCUCAUCAAGAACAACAUUCAAAGGCUAACGCUAACGCUGAAGCUAACGCAAAAACUCACACAGUCAACCAAAAUCAAUUGGAUUAUGGAUAUUAAUAAGUCAUUACGACAAAAAAUCUUGAAUUUGAAUGUUUAAAAAGGAAAUGAAUAAAUCAUAAAUAUUGAAAUGUA